ACACACACACUCGCAGAAGAAGAGCGGCAGAGUCCAGCGCGCGCGUCUCACAGAUCGGCGAUAAUAAUAUUUAAUAUUUAAUAUUUGCGCGCAUAUUGUGAUAUAAAUAUAAACGUGACGGCGACCGCGGAAGAGUGCUCGUGUCCAGACGGAUGGAGGAGUUUCUAAAGCGCUUUAAAAACCACAGCAGAGCGGAGCAGCGCUGGCUCUCUGCAGUGUUUGAGGCAGUGCAGCAGCAGCUUCAUCCUCUCAUCGAUGCGUCUCUGGGUCUGUCUGUGUCUCGUCUGGCUCUGGCCGUGCUGUCGAAGGUUCAGACGGCCGUCGGCUCAGACAGCACUGGUCUACCUGUCAGCUACAGGUUUGUGUCCGUGUCGGAGCUGAUCCGCGAUCAGAGAACCGCCUGCUGCAGCAGCCUCAGCUGGAGCUCCGCCCACUACCGGGAACACGCCAGGGGGGCGGAGCUAAAGCUGCCCGCUUAUAAAGCUCUCCCUCGUGACAACCUGCUUCUGAUUGGCUGUCUGUGUGACGGACUGACCGCGGGGACCAAUGACGGGGUCUGGAGGGUGAGAGACGCGGGAGGGAGCCUAGCAUGUGCGAUGCUGAAGUCGUCUUGUCUCUGGCUGGGGAGGCUGAUGCUGUUUCCCUCAUGGAACUACAUCCCCCAUAAUGCACCUGGAGCGGGUUACCUGGAGCUGCUGGAUCCUCCGAUGUGUGUGACCCUCGAGGCCAUGGCCUUUGACCCCGGAGGAGCCCUGAGCGAGGUCAUGAGCGUGAUGCGGGCGGCUGAGCUCCUCAGACAGAGUACCGGUAAUCUAUAUUCUGAUCUUUCUGUAAGUUUGAUCUGGUGUUUGUUGGUCUGUUCUGUGUCUCAGGAAGCCAAGCAUCAGUACUGGAGGCAGUGUGUGUGUGUCGGCCAGAGCGUGUGUGUCUCGUCUCUGCGUGUGUGUUCACUGCAGAUUUGUUGUCUAGUGUGUGUGCGGCGGUGUACAUUAGUCAUGGAGAGGUUCAUGAAGACACAUUUCCUUUCCUGGAAACACCUGGAUCAGCCGAGUUACAUCACACACAAACACUGCAGGGUUUAUCUUCAGCUGUGUGUGGAUGAUCUGACCCUCAUCAGUCCGUCUGCUGCCAUGAGCCGCUGUCUGAUGGAGGACAGACAGACAGACCGAGAGAGCGCUAAGAGACCCAGAGUGCCUGAGCGACCUCUGACCCCUGCGGCGUGCGUGAGUUUGCUGCUCAGACUGGAGUCCAAGCAGGGCGUGACGCUGCAGAACGGCUUCGUCUGCAGAGCCGUGUGUCUGGGAGACGCUCAGCGCUGGAGCCACGACCCCAAAAACCACCGGACGCAGGAGCACGAGCGACACCGAGACACUCAGAAGAUUGAGCUGCACUUCAUGGGUUCGUGUGUUCGCUGGUUCCCCGUCCUUCAUCCUGGAUGUGUGUACAGAUUAAUCGCACGCAACACUGAGGAUGUGAGUGUGUUAAAAGCCAAGGUGGUUUCAGCGAGGGGUGGAGUCACACAGCUCAGUAGCCCCGCCCUCCUGCUGCAGCCGCAGUGGCGCAUUCACACGAUCACCGAAGAGCUGCCAGACACACAGUCAGGUGUUCCUGCGCUCAUGAGCGUGUCAGCAGUUCUUCACAGCAGCUCCGCCCCUGAGAUCGUCUCCUUCUGUGGAAUCAUUACUCAGCGAAUCACAUUACAGGAGGACAACGGAACCAAACCCAAGAUCCAAUCACCGACAGCAGCUGAAGAUGCAAGCAUUGAGCAGGAUCUGCGGGUGCGUUUGACCGUCCAGGACGCUGAUUGUCCCGGUCAUGUGAUUGAUGUGUAUAUGGAUCUGUCGUGUGGUCCGUACACACUCGGUCUGAUCGCCGGAGCCGCGGUUUCUGUCCAUCACGUUCAGCGCAAAGUCUCCAAGGCGUGUAACGUGUACUGCCGCUCUCUGCCCAUCAGCUGUGUGAGCGUCACUGAUCUGACAUCAGUCUGUUCAAGGUCAGGUGUGGCUCCGUCUCCUCCUCCCAUGAUGCUCUUGGGCGAGUGGGCGUCGGGCGGGGCGCAGCGCUGUGUGCUGGCUCAGGUCAAAGGUCACGUGGUGUGUGUGUUGUCUCUGCGGCUGCAGUGGACGUGUUCUCUCUGCGGGAGCAUCUUCAGACAGGUAGUGAUGUUGGUGCUGGAGGACGGCUCUGCUGACGCUCACGUCUGGUUCUCGUCUGACACCGUCUGCGAUCUGCUGAAGUUGAAUGCGGGUCAGUGGGAUGGGCUUCAGAGGCACGUCAAGGUCAAAGGUCACGUGAAGGUGUACACACGCGGGCACAACAUGUCUGUGUGUAGGUUAGUGCUGGAGGACGGCUCUGCUGACGCUCACGUCUGGUUCUCAUCUGACACCGUCUGCGAUCUGCUGAAGUUGAAUGCGGGUCAGUGGGAUGGGCUUCAGAGGCACGUCAAAGUCAAAGGUCACGUGAAGGUGUACACACGCGGACACAACAUGACGUGCGACGAGGACCCUAACGACGCUUUAGUUCAGUAUCUGAGCUGUGUGUGCUCCAGCACCUCUGUGUGUCGACAGAUUCACCUCACCUGCCGACUGCGAGCUCAGAGAACAGGGAAAUCUCAGCUGAGGAAAGUUCAUCGAGGACAAACUGAAUUCAUCUGCAAAUUCACACCUGCACUGCAGUUACAAUGCCAGCACAUACACACACGCUAAAAACUCACACACUCUCACACACACACACACACACACACACACACACUCACACACACACAAACACACACAAACACUAAACAGCAGACGUGUCGUAAUCAGAUGCUGCUCAGUGUUUCAUAUGUUUGAUGUUCUGCUGCGGUUCUUGAGCUUUUCACUCGUUCCCUGAAUUAUAAUUGUAACAAAAUAAUAUUUUUUAAAUAUUUUUUUUUAUGAUGAUUAUUUUGUUAUACACAGUAAAUAUUGUAAGAUAAAACUCUUGUUCAGAAACAGAAAUAAAAAGAAUUAUGUUUCAUUCGUUACGUUUCAUGUAUAGAUUUGAAUAUCUUGAAUAUCAGUUCAGCCUGAAGUCUCUCAGCACUAACCAAUCACAGAGUAGGAAAGCGUGUGGGGGCGGAGCUCCAGACAGACGAGCACUCGGGGGGCGGAGCUCCUCACAGAUGAGAGUUCAGUGGGUGGAGCUCCUCACAGAUGAGCGCUCAGUGGGCGGAGCUCCUCACAGAUGAGCGUUCAGUGGGCGGAGCUCCUCACA